GGCGAGUUGAUUUCUUGGCCAUAUUUAUCAAAACAAAAGAGUGUGUUUGCGGUAGGUGCAUGUGAGAAAAACAGGUGAAAUUUAUCCGCCUCGCUGACUGAAACCAUUAAUCUAGGACGAACAAUGAAUUUUCUGCGGCAAACAUUCAAUCUGACAAAGUCUAUCGCCGGCGAAGCGAUCUCCUCGUUUCUGCAGCGCAGCACCAUGGCCACCCUUAACCAGAUGCACCGAACGGGGCCCCACUUUAAGGUGCGACCGCCCCGCCAACCACUGGACGGGAAACCGUUCGCGAAGGGCGUUGUGCUGAAGACGCUGAUCAAGAAGCCGAAGAAGCCCAACUCCGCCAACCGCAAGUGUGUGCUGGUGCGGCUGUCGACCGGCAAGGAGCUGGUAGCGUACAUACCCGGCAUUGGGCACAAUCUGCAGGAGCAUAACAUCGUGCUGGUGCGCGUGGGCCGCUGUCAGGAUUUGCCCGGCGUGAAGAUUAAGUGCGUCCGCGGCAAGUACGAUCUGCCGCACGUGAUCAAGCAGAAGUAGUUGUGCUGCACGCGGCGCCAGUAUGCUUUUGAUUGUGGUAGGCGAGUUAGGCGAUCGACCUCUAGUUACUCGCGUGAAGCUGUCGUUGGAAAGAAGAGGUUACCUGCCAUGCUGUAAAAUAAAACCUGGGAUGAAUCCGGCAUAGCAUUACUACUACACCAGUACA